AUUGUAACGGAACCGGUUUGAAGGUAUGUCAACGCGAGCUGUCAAAUGGAACCGUUUGCCGUGCGGUUGUUUGAAGUGUUCAUUUCGAAAGAUCGUAGUAGGCAUGGAAAUUGUAUGCCGUACACGGUGAGCCCCGCCGAAUCGAAACUAUAUUACGUAAUGGAGCCUUUCGAGAAGCUGAACGCACGGACCUCAACGCCGAUAAAAAACAUAGAAAAUCCGGUCCAAAUGGAACGCACGGCCGUCCUGGAGGACAUUUCAAUGGGGGAGGAUACACCCGACGAGCUGCAGGCAACGGUCGUCGUGCCCGUUAUGCCCGAGGAAGCGGACGAAAACAUGGAGGCUACUGAGGACAACUCCACGCUGAAAAUGGACGACGCUCCGGCAGACGAUACGGCGGAGUACGAUUCACUUGAUGAUGAGCUGUGUUGGAUGCUCGAUCAAUCAUGGAUUUCCAGGCGCCCUGCUCGUUCGGAUAGCACUCUGGGCAUGCUAUCGAGAUCGAUGUUAAGCUCUAGUGAUGAGGACACCCCGGCCGACAAAUGGCCGCCAAAUACACCCAGGCAAAAGCGUCGGGUAUCGUUCGAUGAUAGACCGAAUACGAAAGGAUUUAGAGUAUUCAACACUGUUACCAACGAAGUAAUAAUAAGUCGUGAUGUUAUUGUCGUUGAAGAAGGCCGAUGUGAAGGGUUCGGAAAGAAAGCAACAAAACCAGUUGAGUUUCUUGAAAUAGUUUUUGCUGAAGGACAGGAGGAGCCAAAUAACGCAUGUAAUAAUCCGAUUGAUCUUUCACCACCAGAAGACGCAUCCCAUAGUACAGCGGAAGAUAUCCCGAGUGGGUGUGAUCAGAGUAACGAUACCCCACGGCGCAGCGGAAGGAAGCUUAAGCUUCCAAGCAGAUUGGCAAAUGAAGCAGAGAAUGUUUCCAGUGAUUCGGAGUAUACGACACCAGAAAUCGAUUCUGACGGGGCGCUGACAGUUUUCUCGCACCAAACUUCUGGGGACGAUCCGAAUAACUAUGCCGAAGCAAUGUCGUCAGAAAAUGCAGAAGACUGGAAGCAUGCGAUGGAUGAGGAGCUGAAGUCGAUCGAAGCAAACGAGACAUGGUCGUUGGUAGACCUACCUCACGGGCGAUAG